GCGCUGGUGUUGACGGUCCGUGAGUGGAUUCUGCUUGAAUAUUACUGACCUAAAUCUCUGAGACAGGCCUGCACAUUUGCGCAAACAUUUUGGUCGAAACGGCGAGCGCGCGAAACGAAACGGCAGGCAGGAUGAGCAAAGUACAGGGCGGCAUGAAAUGUGUCAAAUACCUGCUGUUCGUCUUCAACUUCAUAUUCUGGCUGUCGGGCUCAGUGGUAUUGGCUGUGGGAUUAUGGUUGAGGUUUGACCCAGACACGGCCAACCUCUUAGCCGAAAAUGAUGCCCCUGAACACUUCUUCAUUGCGGUGUACAUCUUGAUCGGAGCAGGAGGUGUCAUGAUGUUGGUGGGGUUCUUCGGUUGCUUUGGGGCCGUGAGAGAGUCACAGUGUCUUCUGGGAUCGUUUUUUGCUUGCCUUCUGGUGAUCUUUGGCGCAGAGGUCGCUGCCGGAGUCUUUGGCUUUUUGAAUAAGGAAAAGAUCAUUAAUGAUGUACGAAACUACUAUGAGUCCACUCUGGGAAAUGACAACAGGACUGCUAUUGCCUCCAUGUAUCACAAAGUGCUGGACUGCUGUGGGACUGAAUCUUCCCGUCCUCCUGAUCUGUGCUCUGAAGCCGGUCCUAACACGGAUUGCAUUAAAGCUAUCGAAGACUUCUUCAAUGAAAAACUCUUCAUAAUUGGAUACGUUGGGCUUGGCAUUGCUGGAAUAAUGAUAAUUGGCAUGAUCUUCAGCAUGGUUCUUUGCUGCGCCAUUCGAAACAGCAGAGAAGUUAUUUAGGCACCUCACAGUUCCCCUCUCGCCCAGUUGGACUGUUUCAAAGCCCACCUUCUUUAACCUCAUCGGACCAUCACAUUCAGGCUUGUGAGCAGGGUGGAGGAACUCCCAUGAGGCAGUGUGGGUC